UGAAUGAAAGGUUCUCCGCAAUCUAUACGAAGGGAAAUAACUACCAUUUUACCACAAACCUUCGUCUUUUGUCGGUCGAACUCCAUCGACACCGAAAGUUUGUUGCGGCAUCUUCUCUGCAUGUUGGUCAGGAAGGAACUUUAUUUGAAAAACUUUACGAAACACCCGUCUUGGAUAAGAAAUGAUUGUAACGAAAAGGUUUAUAUCUGAUGUAAUUGAUAAAAGGACUGUCUCAAAAUUGAUGCCUCUUUACCGAUUAAAAAGUCAUUUGCAGAAUGCUGAUCAGCUGAAAGAAAUUUACCAAAAUCCAAUUUUAAAACUUCAGAAAUAUCUCCAAGAACCUAUUUUAGAAGAUCAUUUAAUUUUCCAACCAAACCCCAAGGAAAUCCAGGAAGGAAUGACAUUAUUUGAACCACAUGGGAAAAAACACAAAGUAAAGUUUCUGAAAUCGGUAUUUGAUGUGAAAGAUCUUCCAGAUGAGAAAUUGCCUGAGGUUGCUUUUCUUGGACGAAGUAAUGUGGGAAAGUCUUCACUCUUGAAGUGUUUGUUCCACAGCUCUCCUGAUUUACGAGUUGAUGUCUCAAGAAAACCAGGUCGAACAAAAUGUCUAAACUUUUAUGAACUGGAGAACACAUUUCGUUUAAUCGACAUGCCAGGUUAUGGUUACAACAUGCCGGAACAUUUUGUUGAAAGUGUGGAGAAUUACAUCAGUUCAAGAAGAAAUUUAACCCGAACAUUCUUAUUGAUUGAUUCCAAAGUUGGAAUCUUAUCUGCUGACAAAAUUGCUUUUAAAAUGUUUGAAGAAUUCAGUAUUCCUUACGUUAUAAUUUUAACGAAAAUAGAUAAAUGCAGACAUCAUUUACUUCUAAAGAAUUUGUUCUCCAUCCUUAAGACUCAAAACCAAAUUAUUUGCUUUCCUCAACCAUUUUUGAUCAGCUCUUUGACAGGUGAAGGGAUUCCUUUUUUGCAGACUUUUAUAGCUUAUAUAACUGGGAACAUUGCAGUGAACAGUUAGCAAAGAUAAAUAAUAAAAAUAUAAACAUAUCAAUAACAAAAAAAUAAACUAUAAUUUUGUAAGAAACAACAUUUACGACUUGAAAUGAUUCUGUGAGUUUGUAACAAUUUAUAGUUUAUGGUUCAAUUCCUGUUUAAGUCAAAGGAUGAAAAUGUGCUUUGAAGUGCUUUCCCAAACUCUGCAAAAGAACUAAAAUAUUAUGAGACAGGGCUGUGUGGUUAAGAAGCUUGCUUCCUGAACAUGUGGUCUUGGGUUCAGUUGCAAUGUACAGCACCUUGCGAAAAUGCCUUCCACUAUAACCCUAGGUUGACCAAAGCCUUGUGAGUGAAUUUGGUUGAUGGAAACUGAAAGAAGCCCAUUGCAUGGUGUGUGUGUGUAGCCUUGUUCCU